AUGCGGAAGUUCGCCGUGACGGAACUGCUAUCAUCGCAGAAGCUCGAGAAACUCAAACAUCUCCGCGUUUCGGAGGUGGAGACCAACCUGAAAGAGCUCUACAUGCUGGUCACCAGUGGCUUUUCUUCGCCGAAAAUGAUCGGCAUGAACGAGUGGUUCCGGCGGUUAACGUUGAAUUUGAUCGUGAAGAUUUUCGCCGGGAAGCGGUUCAAGUUUAGGGUGAAGGAAGACGACGAUUGCGAUGAGUACAAAGCAACGGGUUCGGGUUUAGUUUCAGAUACAGUAACACCACAAGGAUCAUUAAUUAUUGCCUCCAUUGAUGGCCUUUUUGGAAUAAUUUCUGCAUCAGAAAGUUUGGUGGUUUCUUUGAAUGGAGUUUUGCCAUCUCUUCUUGAAAGUUCAAGGACUAGAAUUGUCGUCGGGAAGCGGUUCAAGUUUAGGGUGAAGGAAGACGACGAUUGCGAUGAGUACAAAGAGGCGCAGCAUAUCAUUGAGGUGUUUAAGGAAUUCUUGUACCUUAACAGCAGUUCGUGUUCUCCAUUUCUGUUCUGA